AAAUAAUUCCUCACCAAUCAUAACCAAGAGUAGCAACUGUUCAGAAGGAGUACACUGCUGCUCUCCUUCACUCUCUUCACUAACUCAAAUACAUAGCAAGAGAAUCAAAGUCCCAGUGUGAUGACGGUGCGGUUUCACUACUUUCACGACAGAGAAAAGUCAGCUCCAGUUUCCAUGUUUUGAUUUAAUCCCCCAAAACACAAUAUUAUCUGCAGACAUGGCAACACUGUACUGGGGAAUCGAUCUAAAAUGAACAACGAUAAACAAACAAACAAACAGAAAACUGAUAAAAUGUAAAGACAAAAAAUGUGCUGAGUUAUAAAUAAAUAAUUUAAUAUAAAAAAUAGAUAUUAUAACAACUUAAUAAAAUAUAAAUAAAAUGAGAAAUGAAAUGAUGUGUACUUACUAUGGGUUGCAUUUAAUAUCAGUUUGACAUUGAGCUUAGUUUGCUAUUUCCUUAGAAAGCUAUUAGUCUUUUUCCUAAUAUGGAUCAUGCUUGUGUUAAUCUUCUUUUAAUUAGGACGCUUUAUUGUUUAAGAUAUUUAAAAAUAAAUAUAUUAUGCUUGUUUAUUUAUCAAUUAACCAACAGUAUUUCUCAUUGCUAUUAUUUUAAUUCAAUUAACAGUGACCAUGAGCAAAGAGCUUACAUUUAACUGUUUAUGACAGGGUGCCUAAGACUUUUUAUUCAAAAAAAACUUUUGAGAAAAAAUAUUUUGGGGAGGACCAGCCUGAUGGCAAAACCCACAAAGCCGUUUAGCACAUACUAUGAGAGGGAGCCAGAGGCCGACGUAGCGACCUCAUCUCCAGAGCUCCAGCCCGAGACCUACGACGUGGUCUCCCCUGCCGAGCGCCAGCCGGAGGUCAACGUGGCGAUCUCAACUCCAGAGCUCCAGCCUGAGACCAAAAUGACGGCCUUCCAAGCUAAGCAUAAGAUCUUUCCCCACCCUCCCCUACAACGGAUCUCGCUCAACCUGCUGAUUCAACGGAGGACGCCGCUCAGCCUCCCUGCUCAGCCAAGAGUUCUGCUUUACCUCCUUGCUUUACUGAGGAUUUCACUCUGCCUGCCUGCUCAGCCGAGGAUGUCACUCUGACUGCCUGCUCAGCCUAGGACGUCGCUCCGCCUUCCUGCUCCCCCAUCCUGCAUGGCCGAGGAUGUCACUCUGCCUUCCUGAUCCACUGAGGACGUUGUGCAGGGUGUCGAUCCCCCUUCUUGGUCCACAGAGAACAUCACCCCUCCUUUGGCCUCACGGAGCACGUCUCUCCCCCCUCUGGCCUCGCGGAGAGCGUCGUUCCCCCCCUCUGGCCUCACGGAGAGCGUCGCUUCCCCCCUCUGGCCUCACGGAGAGCGUCGCUUCCCCCCCGGCCUCACGGAGAGUGUCGCUCCCCCCUGUGGCCUCACGGAGAACACUGCUCCUCCCUCUGACCAUCGCGGAGAGCGCCAGUCCCUCCUCUAGCUCCAAGGUUAACUUCACUCUGCCCUCAUGCUCAGCCUUGGGCUUUGUGCCUUGCCUAGUUUAGCCUGAUUGUUCAUCACCUGACCAUUGCCUGUUCAUUGUUUACGAGUCUGAGUUGCCCUUUGGAUUGUUCUGCCUGGAUUAUUUAAUAAACACCACCUUUAGCACACAUACCUGCAUUUGCAUCCAUCUAUAUUUCCACCACUUGACACUUGGUAAAGGUUUAUUGUUAGAAUUUAAUUUUGAUUAACUAUGUUGCUGAUUAAAACUCUACAGUUAAUAUUACAUGCUAACGUAACAGACUUCGCAAUGCUAAAUGGGCGUUAUGAUGACAUCACAUGACACGACUUGGUCCAAGUCUGCGGAACAUCUGCAGUAAUUUGGAAAAAUUGCAAGCUCCUCUGAAUGAUGCAGAGUUUGCUUGAUUUUGCAUUCAUUUCUAUGAUCACGAAAUUACGAGAUCCUGGAAGGACUGCAUUUUAGACUAGUUAAUUUAUGGACUAGUUUUUAAUUAAUUUAUUAUUUGUCCUCCUAUUAAUACUGAUAGUAGGCCACUGUUCAAAAUGUACAGGGAAACAGUCUUAACAUUGCAGGAAAAUAACCGGAUUGUUUCAAACUAAAUCUGUCUAAUUCUAGUUAAAAUAGGACGGAACAAAUCCGAUCUAUGCGUCAGGCAGUGCAUAUGACAAUUUUCAAAUUCUUCAUCACUGACAAUUUAACACUGGACACUAAACUUCACUCUUGCACAGAAAGCAUAGCUGCUUCUGUAUGGCUUAGGAAAGAUAAAUUAAGCAAAUUGUCCUGUCAAAGUCCAGUGUUUCAUAUUUGUAAGAAUAUAAAGUACAUAUUCUCACAUUAAGUCAACACAACACUUAUUUCAAAAUCACUCACACUACAUAAAACACUUUUCUAUUUAUGCAUAUUUGCAUUUUUUUAGUCUAGUUAAUAUUGUUAUUCGUUGAUCUGUAAACUUUAAAUCAUUAUUCAUAUGUACAGUAUCUGUGUGUUGGGGAGAUUAAUGUAUUGAAUCUGGUUUUGUUUCUUCUAUAUGUUGCAAUUCUGUAUUGUAUAACAAUAAGUUUCAUCAACCCAUAAUUAGCAGAAAGCACAGGACAGGCAAUAUUAGGAUAGACAAGAAAGCUGGUAAAAACAACAAGAGUGUUGCUAGCUAAUUACAAACAAACCUUCACCAAGGACAAGGGGACCUUCAUGCAAAUAUGAUGAUGUCACACUGAAGCAUUUCUACUGGUUUUUUAAACAGCAUCAUUAAACAGCAAAAUAUAUAUAAGUAAGUAACUAUGGAGCAGUAUCUCGCUUUAAUCUUCGUAUUUUGUGGGCAUGCAAAGGAUAUCUGAUAGAUGUUGAUGUGAUCUGUCAGCUAAAGUAGAUUUAAUGUGUUUUGUUUCAUUUGUACUUUAUUUAUUGAUUGAUUGAUUGUCAUAUAAUUUGGCAGAAUUUUACUCGUAAAGGACACUUGUGAAUUUGUUUGGAUGGGCACUCUGUUCAUGAAUAACACCGAUGUGGAGAUUUUGCUGCUCUGCUUCCCACACCAGCCUGACUCCUGCCUCAAAACGACACGUUUCUUUGUCAUCAGAGUGAUCAUGUACUUCUUAACACUAACUGCUAUUGUUAUGACUGUUUUUGGGAAUCUGUUGGUCAUUAUCACUAUUUCUUAUUUUAAACAGCUGCAUUCUCCGACUAACUUCAUCAUCCUAUCCUUGGCCUUCGUGGACUUCAUGUUGGGCUGUCUGGUCAUGCCUUUCAGUAUGGUGCGAUGGGUGGAAGGCUGUUGGUUCUUAGGAGAUCUGUUUUGUCAAAUCCAUUCCAGUUUAGACAUGACACUAAGUAUUUCCUCCAUCCUGCACCUGUGUUUGGUUUCUAUUGACAGGUACAUGGCCAUUACCGACCCUCUGGGUUAUAAAUUGAAGGUGACAAAUGGAAACACAGCCGUGUGUAUCGCUGUCGUUUGGAUUUUUUCUGGCAUGUUCAGCUUUGGAAUUGUCUUUUCCAAAAUUAACAUUGCUGGUCUGGAUGAACAAAUGCUGAACACCUGUGUUGGAAACUGCGUUUUGAUUUUUAACAAGGAAUGGGGUAUUAUCGCUCCACUUCUUAACUUUUAUAUUCCAGGAGCUAUAAUGACCUGUUUGUACCUUAAAAUUUUUCACGUUGCAAGAAAACAUGCAAGAUUAAUUUCUGACAGAACUGCUGGGCUUACAUCUGGUGAGACAAAAAAACAAGUAUCGGAUCAGAGGGAGAGAAAAGCAGCUAAAACUCUGGGUAUUGUUAUGGGUGUUUUCCUUUUGUGUUGGCUGCCUUUUUUUCUCAUCACUGUUAUUGAUCCAUUUCUCAACUUUUCAACCCCUCUUGAUGUUUUUGAUGCACUAAUCUGGUUUGGUUACUUUAAUUCCAUGUUUAACCCUCUGAUCUAUGGGUUUUUCUAUCCACGAUUUCAGAAGGCAUUUAAGAUUAUCAUUGUAAGAUACCUUUUUCACCUGAAAAGCUCAAGCAACUUAGUGCUUCAGUAAUUCUACUGGGCAGAAAUUGUUACUGGUAUAAAAUGAGAUUUUUGAUAACCAUAACCUGGAUAAUGUUUCUGUAUUGCUCUUUAUAAACAUAAAUCAUUUUGAAUUUCAGGGACAUGUGAUAUAUAAAUAAUUUGUUGUAUAUAGUGUCAGAUGCAGGUUUAAAGCAUUUACAGGAAACACUGUAAAUAGUAUUCAAGUAGAGGAAGUGAAAGUAAAAAAGCAGAAAUGGCACUGGUAGAAUAGAUCCUUUAGAGAUUAGAGUGCUGAAAACUGAAGUACAUGUGUGUAGUGUGUUAUUUUAUUUUAGUUUAUUUUUAAAGCAUGAUUGUGCCAUGGACACAAAUGCAAAAGGGAACCAUGUGAGAUAUAUUGGUAUUAUAACAUACAGUGAAGAAAAAUCAGCAACAGUUCAUGCUCUUUUAACAUCAUUGUUGUAAUUUCUAUAUUAUAUCCAGACAAAUAUGUUUUUGUGUGAAAAUCAGAAAUAAAUCAGUAUUUCAGCAUGAUUUAAAUUAAAUGCUAAUCUGCAGGUUUGUUAGAAAAAAAUAUAUACUAUUUUAGCAGGUUCCCCAAUGCAAUACUCUUAUAUGCUU